AUGCUGCCAUCUUUCAGUGCUCGUGCCGCCCGGCUAGCAGUGCGCCCCACCCUACGCAGCAGGACCUCCCCGCAAUUACGAGCCGCAGCGGAAGGUUUCCUGCGCGGCACCUCGCCCGCAUUCCACUCGUACAGCGGCCGUGCCAAGGGCCUCCAACCUGAUACCGAGAACCCGCCCCCCCCAAAGACAGAUGCUCCUCCUGUCGCUGGCGCCGCGGCCCAUGUCACCGAGCCCUCCCCGCUGACCCCGGAGGAAUACCACGACUACUCCGAGCACUACUUCAACGUGCUCAUCAACGACCUCGAGAAAGCCCAGGAGGAAGCUGGCUCCGAUAUCGAGGCCGAGUACAGCGCCGGCGUCCUCAAUAUCAUCGUCCCCUCUGUCGGCACUUUCGUGCUAAACAAGCAGCCCCCCAACAAGCAGAUCUGGCUCAGCUCGCCCAUCUCCGGGCCCAAGCGCUACGACUGGGUCCUGGAAGGGGAUCGCAUGCAUGAGAAGCAGGAUACUCGGGAAUUUGCCCACGGGCAGUGGAUCUAUCUGCGGGACGGUAGCAACUUGACCGAUCUGCUCAAUGAGGAGCUGAAGAUCAACUUGCCGCACGAUAUCUACGGAGUCGAGCUUGACUAG